AUGAGAACUGUAUCGAAGAUUGUUAAUCUUUCAACCAAUGAUAACGAUUCCCUCCUGAUCUUCAUUUUCCCGCAGGAUAACUUCAGAGUACAAACUGAAAAGCGAACUUUCCUGGACGCGAUGCCCCUUGGCAUGGGCUUGUGGUGCGCCCUGGCGUUCGCGUGGGCGCUGGCUGCGUCGGCUGCGGGUGAAGAGCAGGUACCCGUCUACACGGAGGCCCUGCGUUUGCCGCGGUGCUGCGCCCACGGACAGGCGCUUGCGACGGACGGGUCCUGCGUCCGCCACCGCCGCGCUGCCUUCACUCCGCAGGUCGUCAUGGGAGACACCCUGGUGGAGGCGGUCAACGUGGUCAAGGAGCCGCCGACGGCUGUGGUAUGCGCCGCGCUCGCGGGCAGCGAGAGAGUCGUGCCCGUCGUUCGCGGGGAAAUCGUCAUCCUCGCCGACCCCAAGUAUCCCGCGAUCGUGUACUGGAAGCCUCCCGGCAGCCAAGAGCCCGUCUCCAUUAAGGACUUCUGCGUUGCCGUCAGGGCACAGGAGGGGACGCAGGAGGACCAGUACCUCAUCAAAUUCUGCCAGCAGAACCCGGUUGCUCUCCCAACCGCAUGCCAGAGUACCUACUGCUUCAGGAAGUGCUGCCCAGAGGGCCAGGAAAUCAGUGGCAAAGGAUGCGUCGACAGUAUCGACCCCUGGCAGGCUGUGUUCUCUUCGAAGGACGACCUCACGGUGACCCUCCCUCCCCAUGCAGACCUGGACGUGGUUUACGGAAUGCCCCAGUGCGGGAACCCUCUGGUCUACGAAGACUUCACCCUCGGUCCCAAGGGUGACCUGCACCUGCCCGGCGCCGAGUCCUUGGCCCACACCCACUACUGCGUCGAAAGGAGACACAGUGCGGAAGGGCCGGCGAAGGAUGUUGCGAUUGUCUGCGCUGUAACGUGCGACUGGAACAAUAACAUCCUGCAGCCAGUGCUGCUGAGCGUGUCCUGCGUCUUCCUCUGCGUCACGGCAAUUAUCUACCUGUCGGUCCCAGGCCUCAGGAGCUCGCUCAACGGCCGCUGCCUCGUCUGCUUCGUUGUCUCCAUGUUCCUCGCGUUCCUCACCCUCCUUGUCAUCAAGCACCACCGAGAGGGCUUCGGCAGCUUCCAGUGCACGUUCUCAGGUUUGAUCUCUCAUCAUCUAUCUAGAAUUCUUUCAGAAAAUUCUUUUCGAUAUGAAAAAUUGACCAAUUGUUACACAGCCGCCGCUGCCGCCGCCGCCGCCGCCGCCGCCAGGGAGGAAGUCGCAAAGGCAAAGAACAGCCGACGCCGAAGGACAACGCCCGCCGAGUACCAAGGUCCAUGCUCCUCGGGGACAACCAAAUCCCAGAUACAAAAGUUCCAAGUACAAGUCCUAGGUACUUCGCAGGCCUCAGAGGCGGCGGCGCCCUCGCUUCUUGGGCAGGGCACGGGAGCCGCCGGUCUCUUCUCCAAUGUAGAGCAACAAUCCUCUGGACUCCGACACCCGCUGCACUCCUCCUACUCUAACGAAAAGCGUAAAGUUUCAAUACUUUUUGUGGUCAGCACCGAGUGCUUGUCGCCCUUGUUCGCCGCCACCCAAUACCAGUGCUUUGUUAUCUUGGUCGCUCGUUCUCUGACGUUCAAACUUCAAUUUAUGUCCCGAUGUAGAUAA